GACUGGUGCUAUAUAACUAGCAUUGAAUCGUUCGUUAUCCAUGAAGCAAUGUUUUGACUUUGUCCGAAUCAGUGAAACCGAAGAGGCUUCGGUCUGUGACCAAGUACAGGAAGGAAUGGCUACCCUGAUAGUCUGACCACACGGUAACGUUAUAUUUCCGUCUCAAGUUUUCCGUUUCAUGUUUUUUCUUUCUCCAGCACCACCAUACUGACCGCUCACUAAAGUCAUUCGAACGAGUUAAAACUUUUAUAUAAACACUCCCGAUGACAAGCCACUCAUUUAACCAGUCCUUCCUUUCAAUUACUUUAACACAGGGUAGCACGAGCUCAUUGCGCAAGGGUAGCAUCGAGACAAACUUUGAUAUAGAGGAAAAACAAAGUGUCGAGGAGAAACAAAUUGUCGAGGAGCUCAACCCAGGAGAACGAGCACGCAUUCUGCGCAAGCUCGAUUGGCAUCUGUUACCAUUCGUGUCGUUAUUGUACAUGCUGUCAUUCUUAGACCGGGCCAAUGUCGGAAACGCGAAAGUCGCUGGCAUGUCUAAAGACCUGCAUUUGACCGGCUUCAAGUACAACAUUGCUGCGGCCGUCUUUUUUAUUCUGUACAGCUUUGCCGAGGUCCCCUCGAAUAUUGCGCUGAAGCUAUUCAGACCAUCGCGCUGGAUACCGGUUAUCAUGGUCGCGUGGGGUCUUGUGAUGACCCUUAUGUGUCUCGUUGAUUCAUUUCGAUCUCUAGUCGUAGCUCGGCUGUUCCUUGGCUUGACAGAAGCGGGAUUAUUCCCUGGAGUGACCUACUACAUAUCUCUCUGGUAUCCACGCUCUGAACAGUCCAAGCGCAUUGCCAUAUUCUUUUCUGCAGCAACAGUCGCAGGCGCUUUCGGCGGACUCCUUGCGUAUUGUAUCGAGCAUUUGGAGGGUGUCGGAGGAUUGCAUGGUUGGCAAUGGAUUUUUCUCCUAGAGGGCAUUGCCACCCUGCUCGUGGCAUGUCUCUCCUUUUUCUUCAUGCAUGAUUAUCCCGAAACGGCCAAAUUUUUGACCGAGACAGAGAGAGCAUUCGUGAUAGAUAUGCUCAAACGGGAUGCGAAUAAUCUCGCCACUCACUAUCAUAUUCGAUUUGUCAUGCAGGCCAUGAAGGAUUACAAGACUUACAUUCAAGUUCUUAUCUAUAUUGGGCUGCUCGUCCCUGUUUACGCUAUCGCUCUCUUUACGCCGACUAUCAUCCACGAGCUUGGCUAUUCCGCUACCGCUGCUCAGUUGCUCUCAGCCCCACCAUUUAUUGCUGGCUGUAUUACCACAAUCCUAGUUGGAGUCUACUCUGACAAGUACAAUAUUCGUGGCCCAUUUAUCAUCGGUGGCGCUUUCGUGUCUAUUGUGGGAUAUAUCUUGCUUUAUUGUGGCGGACAUGCGGGCAUGUCAUAUACUGGAGCUUGUCUAGCUGCUAUUGGUGUCUAUCCAACCAUCGCGGUUGACCUUGCUUGGGCAGGCUCGAAUGCAGGAGGCGACUUGAAGCGUGGAGUUGUGAUAGCGAUGGUCAUUGGCCUUGGAAACCUGGGAGGUAUCUGCUCGUCAUUCAUUUACAUUGACCCACCAAAUUUCCACAUUGGCCAUGGCACUAUCAUUGGAUUCCUCUUUCUCUCAAUUUCCCUGAGCCUGUUCGCUAUGUGGGACUAUAGCCGGCUUAACAAAAAGAAGCAAGCGCAGUGUCAGGCGGAAGGCAUUACUGACAGCAGAAGAGCUGAAUUUAAGGACAUGGGCGAUGCCAGUCCGCUGUUUAGAUAUGCCAUCUAAAACAUACGCCUGACCAAUUGCAAGUCGCUUAAUUGAAUAUAUGUUAACUUCUGGAGUAAUAAAUAUCUACCAUUCAUUUGUGGUUUAAAAUUUAAAUAACAGUUGAAAUUGCACAAUUUUUAUGGC